UAUGAUGUAAUGCGCAUGAGCGACCACAACUUCCGGUCAGCAGACGAAGUGAAAAUGAAACUGUUUGCACCACCGCUUCUGAAUGCUCUAAAAAUAUACAGAAGCAAAUCUUUACCUAUUUUGUCAUGUCUUCAGCUUAGACAUGAAAAGAAAUACUCAAGCUUUUUGCCAGGUAAAACUGUUAGGAUAGGAUGUGCAAGCGGUUUCUGGGGUGAUACUGCAGUGUCGGCUCCCCAGCUGAUCUAUGGAGGACAGAUUGAUUACCUGGUCUUUGACUACCUGGCAGAGGUCACCAUGUCCUUACUCAUUGGAGCAAAGCAUAAAAACAGUGAAAUGGGAUAUGCACCAGACUUUAUUUCAGUGGCCAUGGCUCCAUUCAUUAAAGACAUUAAGGAAAAAGGGAUAAAAGUGAUCAGCAAUGCAGGGGGAGUUAACCCACAGGGCUGUGCUGCUGCCCUGAAAGCAGUCUGUGAGAAUGCUGGCAUCUCAUUAAACAUAGCAGUGGUUACAGGGGAUGACCUUAUGCCGAAGUUGAAGACUCUUCAAGAUGACUGCAUUGUAGAUAUGCAGUCAGGGAAGCCAUUUCCAAAAUCAGUUGUCAGCAUGAAUGCAUAUCUUGGGGCUGGACCCAUUGCCAGAGCUCUGGAUCUUGGAGCUGAUGUUGUUAUCACCGGCCGGUGUGUAGACAGUUCUGUUGUAUUGGGUCCUCUUGUUCACACUUUUGGAUGGCAGUGGACAGACUUUAAUAAUCUUGCAGCUGGAAGUUUAGCUGGACAUUUGGUGGAGUGUGGGGCACAGGUAACAGGGGGGAUUUUCACAGACUGGGAGAAGGUACCUGGUUGGGAUCAUAUAGGAUUUCCUAUUGUGGAGUGUGCGUCCAGUGGAGAAUUUAUCGUCACCAAACCUAAAGGAACGGGGGGCAUUGUGACAAGGGCCACGGUCAGUGAACAACUGCUGUACGAGAUCGGGGACCCAGAGCACUAUAUGUUACCUGAUGUCUGUUGUGAUUUCUCUCAGGUACAACUGGAAGAAGUGGAUGCAUCUGGAGACACAGCUGUGCAUGUGUCAGGGGCCAAAGGUCACCCACCUACUGGUGAAUUCAAGGUGUGUGCGGUGUACCCAGAUGGUUUCCGAGCCACUGCAGCAGCUUGUGUGGGCGGUGUUAAUGCUAAAGCGAAGGCUGAAAAGACUGCUCAGGAAAUUCUUAAAAGGUGUAGAAGGAUAUUUGCUCAGCUUAAUUUGGAAGAUUUCACCAAUGUCAAUCUAGAAGUCAUUGGUUCAGAACACAUGUAUGGACCAAAGAGCAGAGUCCCUCAGGGUGUUAGGGAUGCUCUUCUUUGGUUAGCAGUUCACCACAAAAACAAGAAAGCUUUAGAGUUCUUUGCUAAAGAAAUAGCCCCUGCUGGCACAGGAAUGGCUCCAGGAUUAACUAACAUCAUUGGUGGACGGCCAAGAGUAAAUCCAGUGUUGAAACUUUUUUCAUUUCUCUAUCCACGUAGCAAUGUACAGGUUGACAUCCAACUGAAUGGAGAGCAUGUUGAGCAGUAUCAGUUUCCAGAUAUCCCUAUGUCAGAGUACAUGACACAGAAUGUCACGCCCCCAUCUAAAACUGUGGAGGAAUCACUACCAAAGGGAGACUACUCCUUCAGACUGGAGGAACUGGCCUAUACCAGGAGUGGGGACAAAGGAAAUAGUGCCAAUAUUGGUUUGAUUGCCAGACACCCAGACAUUUUACCCUACCUCAGACAAGCCCUGACCCCAGAGGCUGUGGAACAAUACUUCUCACAUCUUUUUGAAAAUGACAAAUUACCAACUCAUCAAAAAGUGCAAAGGUAUGAUGUCCCUGGUGUGUGGGGGUUAAAUUUUGUUCUGCAGGAUGUUUUAGGAGGAGGAGGCAUAGCCUCUUUAAGGAGUGAUCCUCAGGGAAAAGCUAUGGGACAGAUGCUUUUAGACUUUGAAAUCAAAAAUGUGCCAAACUUGGUAGAGAAGAUUGAAGAGAAAUACAGAAGAUAGUAACACUAGAGAGUGAAGAUGAUGUUGAUGUGAAGUGAUGAUUUGAGUUGAAGAUAUAGGACUGAUAUGGAGGAAGUGGGAACAAUUGACUUAAAUCUGUGGAGGGAACCUCCCAAGUGGACUGUGAUAUUCUUAUAACUGAUCAUGUGUUGAUUUAUUUGGCCUGUUAAGGGUACAUCAUAAUCAUAUCAAAAACUGCUACAGCAGUGCAAAAAUUAUAUAAUCUAUAUAAGACAGGAUGUUGAUCAUGACUAUCAUAGAAGUUUUUCAGCCAAUGUUUUGUAUGGAUAAGAAAAGUUACUGAUGUAUAAGAUAUAUCAGGCUUGGCAGCAAAUUAUAUAUGGUUUAUAGAAAAUAAAUACUUUUAAGGACCCUUAAA